CAGGAUCGGGGAAGAGGCGGCUGCCAAGCUGGCCUGAAAAGACAAAAAGAUCUCCUGUUGAAUCGGGUAACUCUUAAUGUCCAGGACUCACGCAGCAGCCGCUGCUGUUGACUGAAGACGGAGUGACCACCUUAACUUCAUGCAACCGCGUCUCAAAACUAAAAGUGGUCUGGAAAAACUGGUUAGGUAGCUAUCUGAAGCUGCCUUAGUCUCAGCCGAGAGGCCUGCCUUCUUCGCCCAUACCGCCCUACAGUCGCAGCGGAUACCGCGGAUCGCAACUCUCUGUGGGUUUUGGAAAAGGCGCAGCCGAUGCGGAGCGCGGCCGAUGAUGCGCAGUGACCGUGCAGAGCCCGCCGAGCGCCCCGCAGCCCCGCAGGUCCGCAGUAGCACCAUGACUGACCUUCCCGCGCGGAUCGUCCCGAGACGGGUCCCCCAGUCCUCCAAAUGAUAUGAUCGUAGCCGCCUGGAUCGCAUUCUGUGCCAGCAGGAGCCUCGCACGCGGUCUGCUGCUCACCUUAGAGCAGCUGCACUUGCUACGGUUUUGGGAUCGCGCCGCCACAGCCGGGACCAUGGGCAACAGCUGUGUGUGCAGGGAGGACAGUGACGUGGAGGACGGAGCGACGCACCGCGGGCCGCUCCGGCGUGUGGACCACGCCGCCGCGGAGCAUGUGGAGACGCGCGGCAGCCGGCCCCGGGACCCGGUCAGACCGCCCAGGCGCGGCCGCGGACCGCACGAACCGCGGCGAAAGAAACAGAAUGUGGACGGACUGGUACUGGACACACUGGCAGUCAUUAGGACACUAGUUGACAAUGACCAGGAGCCCCCGUACUCCAUGAUCACCCUGCACGAGAUGGCCGAGACAGAUGAUGGCUGGCUGGAGGUGGUCCAGUCUCUGAUUCGGGUCAUUCCCUUGGAUGACCCACUGGGUCCUGCCGUGAUCACCCUGCUUCUGGACGAGUGCCCGCUGCCCACCAAAGACGCGCUGCAGAAGCUGUCGGACAUGCUGAGUCUGAGUGGGAGUGUCGCUCGGCAGGACGCCGCCAUUCCCGCCAAGCACCGCAACACCACCGCUGUGCUGGGCUGCCUGGCCGAGAAGCUGGCGGGUCCAGCGAGCAUCGGCUUGCUCAGCCCGGGAACCCUGGAGUACCUGCUGGAGAGCCUGAGUUCAGAGGCACACCCCACGGUCAUGCUGUUUGCUCUCAUCGCCCUGGAGAAGUUCUCACAGACAAGUGAGAACAAGCUGACAGUGUCGUCGUCGUGUAUCAGUGACAGACUGGCAGUGCUGGAGUCCUGGGCCAAUCACUCAGACUACCUGAAGCGGCAGGUUGGCUUCUGCGCUCAGUGGAGUCUGGACAACCUCUUCCUGAAAGAAGGCCGCCAGUUCACCUAUGAAAAGGUGAAUCUGAGCAACAUCAAUGCCAUGCUGAACAGCAAUGAUGUCAGCGAAUAUCUGAAGAUCUCUCCCAGCGGACUGGAGGCCCGCUGCGAUGCCUCCUCGUUCGAGAGCGUUCGCUGCACCUUCUGUGUGGAUUCCGGCGUGUGGUACUACGAGGUGACGGUCAUCACCUCGGGCGUCAUGCAGAUCGGCUGGGCCACCAAGGACAGCAAGUUCCUCAACCACGAGGGCUAUGGGAUUGGGGAUGAUGAAUUCUCCUGUGCGUAUGACGGCUGCAGGCAGCUGAUCUGGUACAACGCCCGCAGUAAGCCACACUCGCACCCCUGCUGGAAGGAAGGUGAUGCCAUCGGCUUCCUGCUGGACCUGAGUAAAAAGCAGAUGAUCUUUUACCUGAACGGGCACCAGCUCCCUCCCGAAAAGCAGGUGUUCUCCUCAGCUACGUCUGGGUUCUUUGCAGCAGCUAGCUUCAUGUCGUAUCAGCAGUGUGAGUUUAAUUUCGGGGCCACGCCCUUUCGCCACCCCCCGCCUGUGAAAUUCAGCACCUUCAAUGACUUCGCCUCACUGGCGUCUGAUGAGAAGAUCAUUCUGCCCAGACACCGGCGCCUGGCUCUGCUGAAGCAGGUCAGCAUCAGAGACAACUGCUGCACUCUGUGCUGUGACCAGAUGGCCGACACGGAGCUGCGUCCCUGUGGACACGGCGGGAUGUGCAUGGAGUGUGCCUUACAGCUGGAGACCUGCCCGCUGUGUCGUCAGGACAUUCAGAGUCGCGUCAGACUCAUCUCCCACGUGUCCUGACACGCCCGUCACCAUGGACACGCCCCGCCCAGCACCGCCCUCUCCCCCUGUGGCUGCUCUCACCCGGGCCCCAGAUGCAGACACCGGUGGGGAGGGAGGGAGGGACAUCCUUUUUUUCUCUUCGAACACUCCAGGGUAACCCCCUGUCCUGUCAGCAAACACCGGAAGAGGAAGAGGAGGAGAAAGUCCCGCAGGUCCAAUGCUGUCGUCCACCUGAGCGUGCGUCACGCGUGCAGCCUGUCCAAUCAGAGCGUGCCUCUUUCUCUGCCCAGACUCUCUCUGCCCUCUGUGUUCAGCAGUGUUACACGUCUCUGUGAAUUAUUUUUAAUUAUUUUAUUCCAAUGACUAAAAGUGUAACAGCAAAAACUUUUGGGUCAGAAGCGCUGCCAGGCUUGUCUUUCCAUCCGGGAGAUGUUUCAUGUGUACCCCAUUCAGAGCAUCCCCACAGCUCUCCCGACCCCCAUCCCACCCCCCCUCCAUAAAGCAGCCCUGGAGUUAUUCCUUAUC